AUGGCUCCUAUCGUUCAAGAGACUGUUGCCGGUCUGAAAGACACCAUCAGCAAGCUCGAGAACCGGGUCGCUGAGCUAGAAGGCCGCCUGUCCGGGGACAAGCCCAAGUCGGUGUCAGAACAGAUGCGCAUCAUCCUGAUGGGACCACCUGGUGCCGGCAAGGGUACUCAGGCCCCGAACAUCAAGGAAAAGUACUGCGCGUGCCACCUGGCUACUGGAGACAUGCUGCGGUCACAGGUCGCGAAGAAGACUGAGCUUGGAAAGGAAGCCAAGAAGAUCAUGGACCAGGGUGGUCUCGUCAGCGACGACAUCAUGAUUGGCAUGAUUCAGAGCGAGCUGGACAACAACACCGAGUGCAAAAACGGUUUCAUUCUGGACGGUUUCCCGCGGACAGUCGCCCAGGCUGAAGGUCUGGACAGCAUGCUCUCCAAGCGCAAGCAGAACCUUCAGCACGCCGUGGAGUUGCAGAUUGACGAUGCCCUGCUUGUGGCACGUAUCACUGGCCGUUUGGUCCACCCUGCCUCCGGCCGUUCAUACCACAAGAUCUUCAAUCCUCCCAAGGCUGAAAUGAAGGACGACAUCACUGGCGAGCCCCUGAUCCAGCGUUCUGAUGACAACGCCGCUACCCUAACCAAGCGUCUGGCUACCUACCACGACCAGACCGCCCCCGUCUGUGAAUAUUACAAGAAGACCGGCAUCUGGCGUGGCAUUGAUGCUAGCCAAGAGCCUGGCCAGGUGUGGAAGAGCAUUCUGGGUGUCUUCAAGAACUGA